UGUUAAAAUGUGGUAACCACCAUUUCAAAAAAAUGUGUGCAGCCAAAAUGUAGGUACAAGAUAAAAUAUUUAAGUAGAGCUGACGCCGUGUAAUAAAUACGCUACCUACUUUCAUCCUUUCCCUUGAGUCCCUGGCGAACACUGCAGCUUGGAUGACCUGUUUUUCAUUGUAGUAAAUUAUGGACAAAGAAAGAGGGCACUCGCGUUCAAGCGAAAACUCAGCCUGCUAGAUCAGUGGCGAAGCAAAUAACACAGCUAAGGUGCCAAAGACUGCGUGGUUGAAGAAGAGACACGUUGCUUCACGGAUUCAGGUAUUUGAACUUAAACUUUGUUUUGAAAAUGACCCUUUAUAAUCUUGGGUCGCUUUUAAAAGUUGGAUAUUUUGAGCAGCAAACAAACACUACACUCGACCACAAUAAAUGGAUAUGAUCAGACAAGAGUCGUCGUAGACAUGGUUUGGAUAACGACAUAUAUGAAAAUGAAUUUAAUUGUGCUAGUGUUAUUCCCUGCAUUCGUUUUUGAAAGUGUUUUCACUCAUAACAAUAUCUAUGAAAGGUCGUUGUUGACGAUGGCCUCUUCCCAACGCUCUGUUGCUAGACUGGACGGCGAUAUAAUUAUCGGAGCCCUUUUCUCAGUCCACCACCAACCCCCGGCUGAAAAAGUCCCAGAGAGGAAAUGUGGGGAAGUCAGGGAGCAGUAUGGUAUCCAAAGGGUGGAAGCCAUGUUCCAUACAUUGGACAGGAUCAAUUCUGACCCUACCCUGCUACCAAACAUCACCCUGGGUUGUGAGAUCAGAGACUCUUGCUGGCACUCUUCGGUGGCUCUGGAACAAAGUAUUGAAUUCAUAAGGGACUCCCUUAUCUCAAUUCGGGAUGAAAACGAUGGAUCCAGGUGGUGUCUUGAUGGGUCGACCUCAUACCUCCCCCCAAGAACGAAGAAGCCAAUUGCUGGAGUUAUUGGGCCAGGCUCUAGUUCCGUGGCUAUCCAAGUCCAGAAUCUACUGCAGCUCUUCAACAUUCCUCAGAUUGCUUAUUCUGCAACCAGUAUUGACCUGAGUGACAAAACCCUCUUCCAGUACUUCCUAAGGGUUGUGCCUUCUGAUACUCUUCAGGCACGGGCUAUACUGGACAUAGUCAAACGCUACAAUUGGACAUAUGUGUCUGCAGUCCACACUGAAGGAAACUAUGGGGAGAGUGGAAUGGAAGCUUUCAAGGAGCUUGCCGCCCAGGAGGGCCUGUGCAUUGCCUACUCCGAUAAAAUCUACAGUAACGCUGGGGAGAAACACUUCGACAGACUGCUACGGAAGUUGAGAGAGAGGUUACCUAAAGCCAGAGUUGUUGUGUGUUUCUGUGAAGGAAUGACAGUCAGAGGGCUGCUCAUGGCCAUGAGGAGACUGGGGGUGGCUGGAGAGUUUCUUCUAAUUGGGAGUGAUGGCUGGGCAGACAGGGAUGAGGUGAUUGAAGGCUACGAGCAGGAGGCUGUGGGCGGGAUCACGAUGAAGCUAAAGUCACCAGAGGUCAUGUCCUUUGAUGACUACUUCCUGAAGCUGCGACUUGACACAAAUAUCCGAAACCCCUGGUUUCCUGAAUUCUGGCAGUACCGUUUUCAGUGCCGCAUCCCAGGACACCCACUGGAAAACCAACAUUACAGAAAGAUUUGCACAGGCAAUGAGAGUUUAGAAGAAAACUAUGUACAGGACAGCAAGAUGGGAUUUGUUAUUAAUGCCAUUUACGCCAUGGCUCACGGUCUGCAUGACAUGCAACAGAAUCUCUGCCCAGGACACACAGGACUGUGCGAAGCUAUGGAUCCCAUUGAUGGCAGCAAACUGUUGGAGUUUCUGUUGAAGACUUCGUUCCUUGGCGUUUCUGAAGAGGAAAUUUAUUUUGAUGAAAACGGAGACACUCCUGGCAGGUAUGACAUCAUGAAUCUUCAAAAAGUGGAACCUGGCCGGUUUGAUUAUAUGAAUGUUGGCUCCUGGCAUGAAGGGAUCCUGGAUAUUGACGACUACCGGAUUGAGAUGAACAGGAGUGGGAUGGUGCGCUCUGUGUGCAGUGAACCCUGCUUAAUGGGACAAAUAAAGGUGAUCCGCAAAGGUGAGGUGAGCUGCUGCUGGAUUUGCACUGCAUGCAAGGAAAAUGAAUUUGUACAAGAUGAGUUUACCUGUAAAGCCUGCGACCUCGGCUGGUGGCCAAACGAGGAGCUGACAGGCUGUGAACAAAUUAUUGUAAGGCACCUCGAAUGGAGUACUGCAGAGUCCAUAGUGGCAGUGGUUUUCUCGUGCCUGGGAAUCCUGGUCACUAUGUUCGUCACCUUGAUCUUUGUGCUGUACAGAGACACUCCGGUGGUCAAAUCCUCCAGCCGAGAGCUCUGCUACAUCAUACUGGCAGGGAUUUUCCUGGGUUACAUCUGUCCCUUCAUACUGAUUGCGAGGCCCACUGUGGGAUCCUGCUACCUUCAGCGACUCCUGGUAGGACUCUCCUCAGCCAUGUGCUACUCUGCUCUGGUGACCAAAACCAACAGAAUCGCCCGGAUCCUGGCAGGCAGCAAGAAAAAGAUCUGCACCAGAAAACCAAGGUUCAUGAGCGCUUGGGCUCAGGUUGUCAUUUCGUCUAUCCUGGUCAGUGUGCAGCUUAUGCUGGAGGUGACCCUUGUCAUCCUGGAGCCUCCCAUGCCAGUCCUGUCUUACCCCAGCAUCAGGGAAGUCUUCUUGAUCUGUAACACCAGCAACCUGGGAAUGGUGGCCCCUAUUGGAUACAAUGGGCUCCUCAUCAUGAGCUGCACUUACUAUGCUUUCAAGACCAGAAACGUCCCUGCCAACUUUAAUGAGGCCAAAUACAUAGCAUUCACCAUGUACACCACCUGCAUCAUAUGGCUGGCCUUUGUGCCUAUAUAUUUUGGCAGCAACUACAAAAUUAUCAGCACCUGUUUCUCUGUGAGCCUGAGCGUGACAGUGGCACUGGGGUGCAUGUUCACUCCCAAGAUGUACAUUAUCAUUGCCAAGCCAGAGAGGAAUGUCCGCAGUGCGUUUACCACCUCCGAUGUCGUGCGCAUGCACGUGGGUGAUGGAAAAAUUGUCUGUAGGAACAAUGGUUUACUAAAUAUGUUCAGGAGGAAGAACAACACUACUGGAAAUGCCAAUUCUAAUGGAAAGUCUGUGUCAUGGUCUGAACCAGGUGCAAGACAGCCACCAAAGGGGGAGCACAUGUGGCACAGGCUGUCCGUUCAUGUGAAGAGACAGGAGGCAGGGUCGAAUCAGACAGCAGUCAUCAAACCCCUAACUAAAUCCUACCAGAACAAGAGCCUCAACUUCUCGGACAUGAGCACCAAGACCUUGUACAACGUGGCCGAAGAAGAUGAAAGCGACCCUAUUAGGUACAACAGGCCCGACAGCCCUUCCAUGAUGGUGCACAGGCAAAUUCCCUCCAUGGAGUCACCAAAAGAAGGGGAGCAACCCCAGCUGUAUACACCUGAGCACAUGCAGAACAGCUUCCUUCCCCAGCAGGUCAUAAUGGACCAGCUUGUUAGCAAGUACACCACAAGCAUCCCGGACCUCAACUCCAUGAUUACACUUCCAGGCCCCGGGAAUGGAGUGAGGCCUAUCUACCAGCCCCACCUCAUGCAACAGGUUUUUCCUCUUCAGAUGACCACCUUCAGUGAGCAGCCAGUUUCCCCAGUUGAGGAAGUGGAGAGUGAGCAGUUCAACCUCAUUCAUGGCUACAUGUACGACAACGCAGAGAUCCAUGAGGAGGAGGAGCUGGUACAAAGCAAACUGACACUGGAUGACUCCCCAGCCCUGACACCCCCCUCCCCUUUCAGAGAUUCGAUGGGCUCUGGCAGUUCGGUUCCAAGCUCUCCCAUGUCUGAGUCAGUGCUUUGCACACCUCCAAAUGUGACAUACGCAGCCGUCAUUCUAAGGGACUAUAAGCAGAGCUCUUCUACACUUUAAGACAGUGCAGCAAAACUGGGACAAAAUAAACACAGACCAAUUCAGAAACUUGUGAGUAAACAAGGCCGAAGCAAAAAAUAAAGCACAUGGAAUGUCAAACAAUGCUUUCAAUUUUUAAAGGGUUGUUCAUGCCUUUUUACUCUGGUAGAUUUAAAAAUAAGAAAACAAAAAUUUGAAUAGCUUACGUAACAAUAAGGCAAGGAUGAAGCACAUAAGAAAUCAGAUAAUGAUGUGUGCAGUUGUCUUUUUUUUCUUUUUCUUUUCUUUUUUUACAAUAUCACAGAGCGCACAGCAAUCCUGAGGAAAUGUAUCCUUUUUCACUCUGAAGCCUCUGGAGAAAAUUCAAACUGAAAGUAAUGGCUGGAAGAGAAUUUAUUUGUGUGCGUGUGAUAAAAGCAGGCAGCAGAAAGUACUGGGGAGUGACAAAAGACAAGUCUCUGUAUAGAUGCAACCUUGAAUAGAGGCAAAAGAACAAACACCAAUGGCAGAGCUCAAAAUAGAUAUCUAUAUACACACAUACAAGGACUGUGAUUCUUCAUGCUCAUAUCGAAAAAAAAAAGCCAGGGGUCUGAUUUUCAGCAGUUUGAAAUUGUGGCCUCAUAAUAUAAACUCUUUUUAUAGACUGAAAAAUACAGAUAUAUAGAGGAAUGUCAAAUGUGCCCUUGUGUAGUAUUUAUUGAAAACAUUUCUAAAAUGUUAAAACCAUCUUAAUUUAGUUUUCAUCUUCCAGUGCAUGUUUGAUUGAAUAAUAUACUAGAGAUAAGAUUAAAAAGUCCCUGAGUAGAUAAUCAACCUAAUCAUUCUGCAUUCAAAGUAAAUAAAUUAUCUCUAAUUGUAGAGCAGAUUACUCAAUAAAAUAUUUUGCAUAGAGGGGACGAUUCUAUUUUCAAGCAUUCCAGGUGGGUAAAUGGUUUGCCUGUUUACUGGGGGAAAAAAAAAAAAAAAACUUCCUACCCCAGUAAAAUGGAAAGAAAUCUCCCUAA